AUGGACUUGCGACCUGAAAGCCUCCUUCCCUCCCACAACGUCGAAACGUUUGCAACUUCUUUGACUGCCUCCAUAUCAUCCAUAAUAUCUGAUCAAGGACCUCCUUCUGGGCUGUAUUUUCUUACUGGCAGUGCUACGAGUAGUAGUGCCAGCAUUAAUGCACAAAGUCCAGAAAUAGCCUUGAGAGAUAUGGCAAAGAAAGGUGGGAAGCAAGAUGAGACCACGGAAGAUAUAGAGAGCUGUACUCGAUAUCUAAUGAACGACACUUCACUUGGCUUAUAUCGUAUCACUGACUAUAUUCAUAAAAAGCUACCUCAAAUAGUGGAGGAAAAGAAGGGUAUGAAAACCAUUGCUAAUGAAGUAAAUAUAGCCAAUUCAAACGCAAGGGAUUCAUCAGGCAUAGUCAAGUCAAUGCAGAAUAUACCUUCUGUUGAUAACAUAAGCGAGAUGUUGAAAACAACGAUCGGUAUUCUGGAAAAAGCAAAAAAGGAUAAGCAAUCAAAAUAA